AUGAUGACGACCCAGCAGCAGAGUGCAGAUCGAGUCAAGUCGUACGUGUAUCCGCUCGGACCACCUUCGGUCGACAUUUCGGCCACUGCCGCGGUACCUUUGGACGUGACGACGGAAGCGACUGUCGCCAUGUCGGACGGACUCGGCCGGAAGCGCAAAGAGCCUGCAAGUCCUACUGAUCGCUUUGACGCCGAUGGAAGCGCCGACGCAAGUGACAAACAGCAGCCGUCCAAGAAGUCGCGUCGUGAGCUGCCACCGCACACUGUAGCCAUCCUCAAGGGCUGGAUGCUGUCUCGGGAGCACGUGAAGCAUCCGUACCCGACGGACGAGGACAAGCAAGUGCUGCUUAAAAAGACGGGCAUUAGCAUGAAGCAGCUCACGAACUGGUUUACAAAUGCACGGAAACGUAUUUGGAAACCCAUGAUGCGGCGUGAACAUUUGCGUCAGAUGCAGUCGACAGUGGACUUUGAUCACACGGCGGUGCGCGAGUUUCCUGGCUCUGGACUUUGUCAGCAGUACGCAGAGAGUAGCUAUGUCCCUCGUUCGUCGGUGCGACACUCUUUUGAUGUGGGAAGCUUAGGUGCGCCUCCUCACUUGGCAGCAGCAGCGUUCGAUCGGUGUGCGCGACCGCAGGCCAUACCGGUAGAUGCACCAAUGUACCCGGUACGAGCGAUGCGCUCCAUGUCAGAGGCGCCAGCAAAGACCGAGAUUGAUGAUUAUAUGGAGGCUGAACGAAUUCGGGAGCGAGAAGUGGAGCGCAGCCGUGCCGGAUGUGCUCCUCGCAAUAGUCUGUCACCGCGCGGGCACAAGAUUUUGCAGGAGUGGGUGAGCGCAAACGCACAACGCGAGUAUUCGUAUCCGAAUGACACUGAGCGAUUGCAGCUCGCAAGAGAUACGGGGCUUGACGUGUCACAAGUGGACGAGUGGGUGACGAGUCUUCGUGAGCAAAUGGGUGUUCGAGGUCCUUCUAUUCUGUCUGCUGGACAUUCGUUUCCACUCAAACCUGCUUUGUACGGUGAGCGGCGAUCGAUUCCGACUAGUGAAAACCCCAUGUUUCCUCCGCGGCAGACCGUUUCCGGCUCGUUGCGAUCAUCCAUUCCGUCAGUGGGAAACCCGCAGUUCCCUCCGCCGCCAGUGCGACGAGAGGUCGGUGAUAGCCGAUUUGCAACGUUCCCGUCAGCUGCGUUGAACCGCCCAGGUCACGAGGUGCCACGCAUGCGUUCGAUGACGAUCAGCUCAAGCCCGUACUUGCUUCCUCCCUCGUCAUCCAGCACUGCAGGCAUCGAAUCUCAAGUUCAGACUGCUGACAGUGCUUUGCCUUCGCUUGCUAGCCGGAGUUUAAUGAGCCGACCACCACCCAUUGUCACGCACAACGGACCCACUAUGGGCCAGCCGCGCGACAGCAGGUCACGCACACUCGAUAUGGGCCAGUUUGCGAAUGCUCGUCGGCGAAAAAUGACCUUCCAGGACAUUCUGGCAUCAACGAGCGGACCGGCAGCUGGAGCCGUACUACCGGCAGCCAGAUCUAGUACGUUGUCGCAGUCGACUGGUCUUGCCACUACUAGCGGCAACAAUAUGGCAAGCAUCUACCCGAACAACAGUGUGCCGUCGACCACAGUGUAUCCAGUCGCCGCAUCCAGUGGAUUCCAGCAAAAACAGUCGCCAUUGCCGAAGGAGCAGCAGCCUGGUCGUAUAGUAUGA